ACGGGGCUGACGACUACGAGUACUAUGACGAGUACACGCAAACGGAGCAGGACCCCUUCCUCCAGCAGCAGCCCUCAGAGGACCCUGACUGGUUUGAGGCAUUUUUUGGCUACAGCGAUAGCGGAAAAGCAGACCCAUGCUCCUCCAACCCCUGCAAGAACAAUGGUAUGUGUGAAAACAGAGGAAGAAGCUUUAGUUGUGUCUGCCCUGAGCCGUACACUGGGACUACGUGCGAGAAAGUGAAGGACAUGUGCCUGGAGAAAAGGUGCCACACGGGACACUGCCUAAUUACAUUAACUCCUCCUUACUUUCAGUGCAGCUGCAAUCAUCCCUACAAACUACCUGACUGCCAACGAGCAUCUUCACCGUGCAGACCAAACCCAUGCAAAAAUGGAGGUAUCUGCAUACGGCACAGGAUCAGAUCAAAAUUCACCUGCGAGUGCCCCAAACCUUUCAGAGGGAGAUUCUGUGAGAUCGGACUGGAUGACUGUUAUGAAGAGGCCUCCUCCAAGUACAGAGGGAGAGUGAACCAAGCAAUGAAUGGCAAGACCUGCCUGCACUGGAAUUCCCAUGAUCUCUUGGACUACCCUAUUAAUGCCUUUAUGGAGGAUGCUGACUCUUACGGCAUUGGUGAACAUAACUUCUGCAGGAAUCCCGAUGAGGAUGAAAAACCCUGGUGCUACAUCAGAAAAAAUCACAAAGUGGAAUGGGACUUCUGUGACGUUUCACCCUGCUCAGGAACAGCUGAACAGAGCCCAUGGCCAACAGACAGCCCAACAGACCCACCUGGAUCAAAUGAAAUAUUUAAAACAUGUGGACAACCAGAAAUUCAAAGGACACUCAAGAGGAUCUAUGGUGGAGCUAAGACUACACCUGGCAAACAUCCCUGGAUGGCAUCUUUGCAGAUAAAGACUUCAAAAAGGAGUGAACAUUUCUGUGGUGGAGUGCUAAUUAAAGCUUGCUGGGUUCUUACUGCUGGGCACUGCAUUGAACAACCAGCAGAAAAUCUCCAAGUAGCCCUUGGAAAGCAAGACCUCAAGAAGAGAGAGCGUCAAGAGCAAAUAUUUGAUGUGGAGAAGGUCAUUGUACAUUACAAAUACAGAGAGAAGGAUGGUGUCCCACACAAUGAUAUUGCACUACUUAAAUUGAAGCCAGUUGAUGGUCACUGUGCAGUGGAAACAAAGUAUGUGAAAACAGCAUGCCUGCCUAACUUCUUCUUUCCUGUUGGAACUGACUGCUUCAUUUCUGGAUGGGGUGUGACAGAGACAGAUGAAGUAUCCCGUCAGCUGUUAGAUGCCAAUGUCAAGCUGAUUUCGCAGAGGAAAUGCAAUGCACCCAGAGCAUAUGAUCACAUACUGGAUGAAAGCAUGUUUUGUGCAGGAAAUCUUCAGAGACCCAGAGCGGACUCUUGUCAGGGAGAUUCUGGAGGCCCACUAACUUGUGUCGAAAAUGGCUCCUAUUAUGUAUAUGGCCUUGUGAGCUGGGGUGAGGAGUGUGGGUUAAAAAACAAGCCAGGGGUUUAUACCCAGGUGACAACAUUUCUCAGUUGGAUUAAAUCCAAAAUUCGGUCUGAGUCAAGGUUACUUCAUUAG